GGCCACUGCCGUCAGUCAAGUGCGGAACUCUCAGCUGUGUGGAUCGUGAAGUGCGGAAUCGGAUAAGCGGAAGCCCAAACGCUCAACGCUGAACGCUGAAAAAAAGCCUCGCUACCGUCACGCACCGUGCAUGCCUCAGCAACAACUACAACUACUACUACUACUACAACAAGAACAAGUACAAGUACAACGUAAAGCAAAAAUGUAAAACCAUAAAUAGAGAAUCCCCACAACAACAAAAACUACUACUACUACUAACUGCUGCAGCAACAACAAAGAGCCGCUGCGAGCAGUGGCAGAAAUCAUAGCAUACCGUCAGGCGCACGUUAACUUAACAUGGGUAACUAUGCCAAGCCGCAACAGACCAGCUCACCACACUCAUUCUCUCUGCGUUUCUCUGUGUGUGUGUACAUAUACAUAUUCAACAAUUAAUUAACAUACUUCUCAAAUCUUUUUAUCUGUCGAUCGAUGUCUUUUCCAUUGUGUGUUUAUUCUAGCGCGCCUUAAAGCCAAAAUAAUCGACUUUCUAUGCCUUCGAUCUUUUGCUCGUUUUGUUACAAAGACUUAACUCUCGCUCUCUUUCUCUAUCUCUCUCUCUCUCUCUCUCUCUUUACCUUAUUUGUUUAACAACGUUUAAUAACGAACCAAAUAACAACGACAAGUUUGCAUACUGCACGGAUAUUACGAUGCACAGCCUAAAAUGCGUUUUAGCCUCUCACCACCGCCGCAGAAAGCCAUUACCAGUGCCCGCCUAACCUCGCCCACUAAAAACAGCCUCAGCAGCAACAACACCAUCACCACCCCCGGCAGCAAUAAUAGAAGCCCCAGCAGCACCAAAACCACCAUGCUGACCCGCAAUGGCGGAGGCCACGGGACCAGCCCCACUGCCUCCGGAUCCGGACACGCCCCCUCCGCCACCGCCGCUGCCGACGAUGAAGCCACCUCGGAUUACAACCAGUGGCUGCAUGCCAUGAAACUGGUGGCCCGCCUGCCCGGAGGCACUCCACCCGAGUUCCGACGCAAGUUGUGGCUCUCGCUGGCGGACAAGUAUCUCAAGUCGAAGAACGUGGACUGGGCGCAGCAGAGGGAGAAGUGCUUUUGCGAGGAGUGGCGCGAGGACGACGAGGAGCUGGGCAUACAAAUCGUCAAGGACCUGCAUCGCACUGGCUCGAAUCUGUGCACCGGUCCCGCGGGCUCCAUAAACCAGGCCAAGCUGAAGCGCAUCCUACUGGGCUAUGCCCGUUACAACCCCGAGGUGGGCUAUUGCCAGGGAUUCAACAUGCUGGGCGCCCUCAUAUUGCAAGUGAUGGACAAGGAGGAGGAGGAGUCCAUGAAGGUCAUGAUCUACCUGGUGGAGGGCGUUCUGCCCACGGGCUACUUUUACGGCUCGAUGGGCGGCCUGCAGGCGGACAUGGGCGUCUUCCGGGAGCUGAUGCAGACGCGACUGCCACGAUUGGCGAAGCACCUGCAACGCCUGCAGGGACCCGUCGAGAAUGCAUUCGAACCGCCGCUAACCAAUGUCUUCACAAUGCAGUGGUUUCUCACCAUGUUCUGCACCUGCCUGCCCAUGUCGUGCGUCCUGCGCGUCUGGGACCUGGUCCUUAUCGAGGGCAGUGAUGUCCUUCUUCGCACCGCCCUCGUCCUUUGGAGCCUGCUAGAAGAACGUGUGAUCAGUGUCCGAUCUGCAGAUGAGUUCUAUGGCAAGAUGGGAUCUUAUUCCAGUGAACUCCUCAAUGGCCAUCUUGUGGACUCCAAUGGUCUCAUUGAGCGUGUGGUAAAGCUAGGACCCAUUGAGGAUUUGCGACAACUGCGGGAUAAGCAUCUCUACAACAUUGCCCCACUGCGUCACAAACAAGGAUUGCAGCUCUACUACGACGAGGAGGACACCCAUUCGGAUGAGGAGCGCUUGGCGGUGGCAACUGUAUUUGGCUUGAAUUGGGGUAGACGUGGAUCGGUGGGUCCUGCGGCGGCAGGAAAGCAGCAAGUAGAACAGAAGGAUCGCCUCGCUUUAGAUAUUUCCCUGCUAAAGAAGCAGUACGAUAGGCUGCGCGAGCGCCAGAAGCAGGCACAUGUCAUCCUAACCACCGCCUGUUCGACGGCAGCGCGCCAAGGAUCGGGUCCAGCGAGCAGCUCCCAGCCGGCGGUUCCAGUGAACCAGUUACUUCUCGGUCGCCCUGCAAUAGUAACUAACAAGGGAAAGCGGGUUGGAGCACCAUUGGGCGCCAUUCCACCUGCUCGAAAGCCCUCACUUCCCGCUGUCCUCCAUACCAAACCAACUUCAGAGAAACAGUUGCGAAGGGGAGAGACUCUGCUCUGGAGGGACACCGAUCCAAGCCGCAGAAGGCGAGAUAGUUUGACCUGGAAGGAGAUCAAAGCAGAUCGAGCUGCAAUGAUACGAGAGGGCGUUGAUGUCAGCUCCGUGAGAACGCAGAAGCUGCGCACGCGAUUUGGAAAGAGCGAUAGCUCCUCAUACAGCGAGGAUAGUGAUGGUGAGCAGGAGUCUGGGACAGGAGGCGGAGGAGGUUCCAGCACGGACACCAGCCUGUGUGAUGACGAUGAUCCAAAGUCCACGGAGAAGAGUCCCAAGCAGAAGGCUAAACUAGCACGCAAGCUCAAGGAGCAGAAGCAAUUGGCCGGUUCCAGGGAGACGAGCUUGGAGCGGCAGAGACCCAAAUCUUGGGCUCCAAGCAGCCAUGAGAUUCCCUUCAUGCUGAUGGGUACGGAUAGUGGCGACGAGAAGGAGGAUAAGUCUACGAAAGAGGGGCCGAUUACUGGAGAUCAAGCGGAGGAUAGUGCCACGGAAAGCGGUCACUACGAAUUUGACAGAGAGUUGCAUUUGGUCAGCUCCAAGAUGGAGCCACUCAAGCUUCCUUUCGAUCCCGAAUUCACAGGCAUGACUUCCGUUAGUCCCAUACCGACGCCCCGAGAAAAGAGUGAAGCUGAAGAGGAUUUGCUGGAUGAGCGAAAGCCAUUCGAUGUGAGCGAUGAUGGAGUGACAAAUCAGUAUUUCGAGAGGGUUAACAGCGUGGAGCGGCCUAAUCGUCUGGAAUUGACCUACUCGCUUAACGAAGAAGAAACGGAUACUAAUGCCAUUUACCUAGAGGAGCGGGAAAAGGUUGAGGGGCAUAGUGGUGAUAGGGAAUAUAAUUCCCUACCCCCUUUCUACCCGAGAGAGAACGAUGAUGGUGUACAGGGUGGUGGCAAGGUGCCACAGAUUCGUGAUGAUAACAUUCCAGGUGAGAACAAGGACGAUUACAAGGAGCUCCUGAGCAUGACGAUAGAGGAAAAUACUGUAUACAAGCCACCAACCCCCACAGCCAGCACAUUGAGUAAUGCCAGCCGAAAGAGACGAGAUCCUCGCCGAAAAACUUUGACCCGCUCAUCGACCAUUGAAAUCGAGGAACGGUAUCAGGCCCUGGAGCGCAGGAUCAGUCAGGAUCAGCCAAGUGGAGAUCGGCAAGCCAAGUAUAUUCCUAGCACAGCUGCUCUAGAGGAACGGUUUAACACCCUAGAAAAGCAAUUGAGUGCUGAAAAGCAACGCAAGGAGCUGUCCGAAAUGGAGGCUGAAUAUCCAAUUAAAUCCGAGCGAAUUCCAUCUACCGCCGACCUGGAAUCACGCUUCAAUUCCCUAACAAAACAAAUGAGUUCCAGCGAAUCUAGUUCCAAAACUCCCAUUGAUCUCAAGGACGAGGACCGACCCAGUGGCAGCAGCUCCAAGAACCAGAAGGAUAGCGAAAAAACUAGCAAGCUGCACAAAUCAGAGGAACCUGAAUCUAAUACGAAGGAAACUACAGGGGAAACAGAAGCCAGCGAUAGCAAUGAUAGUAAAAUUGGUGAAAAGGAAACGGAGCAACCACGCAUCAAGAAACUUCCAUCAACUGCAGAGCUGGAAGAUCGUUUUAAUGCCUUAGAACGCAAAAUGAGUGUUCAGAAGAGCAGCCCAUCCAAGAACAAGAAAGAACCACCCGAUGAAGAAGAAUCGAAAUCUACAAAGGAGCCAGAAGAGCCAGAGGAGUCCGAAAAAGCAAAUGAGAAAACUUCGGGCAGGCAAACACCCAUUGCUAAAAAGGAUUCCAAAGAUAGUGAUCAGAAAAAAUCUGAAACUAAGGAGAACCAAUCACCAACUAAAAACCAAGACGAAAAAGUCAAGGUCAAAUCCCCAAAAAGUGAGGAGAUGAUUGAAAAAGAAACCUCUUCGAAUCCGAAAGAGGAUUCACACGAAUCGGAAGCCGCUACAAAUAAAAAGGUGGAAGGCAAUCGCGAGCUUAGCUCAGAAAAAGGUGAUCACAAAAUAAAAGAAAAGAGUGAAGAAGCUCCAGGGAAAGCCGGAAAAGAAACUGCGGAAACCAAAAAUGCAAAUGUUAAAGACUCGUCAAAAAAAGGUGAUUCUCAAAAAAACGAAGCCGCUAAGACGUCGGUUUCACAAACUGAGUCUGACUUAAAACCAAGUUCUAAAGAAAACUCAACUUCCAAGGAUGCGGAACAAGAAAAGACCCCUCGAAAAUCACCACCCUCCACAGAAGAAUUAGAAAAACGUUUUAAUGCCUUAGAAAAGCAGAUGAGUACCACCAACUUGGAAACAACUAAAGAACCUGAUCAAACUAAACCAGCAACUAAAAGUCAAUCUACGAGUGCCGAAGUAAAGACGCAGAAAUCCAUGAAAUCUUUUGACGACAAGAUCAAAGAAGUUAAUGUGGCUAUCGAAAAGGAGCAGAGCAGAGUUGAGGUGGAGGUUAAUGCUGAAAAGAAGCGCAAAAACGUUGAAGAAGCCCCAAAAAACAAAGAAGGGGAUUCUCAGCAACCAGAAGAAAGUCAACACAAGGGUAAGAAUCAGCGAAGAGCAUCUGAGCCACCGUCAACUGAGGAUCUUGAGAAGCGUUAUGAAACCUUGAAGCGUCGCAUGAGUAGCAAGAAUCAAUUUAGCGAAACCGUGGACGAAGCUCUCGAGCGAAUCCAGCAGGAGGUAAUCUCGGAAGCAGUGGAGGAAAAGAAGCCACCGCCAUCGACGGAGGAUCUGGAGAGCCGCUUUGAGGCACUGCAUGGGGAUAAGAAAAAUGUGGAAUCUAAAAUGGAUGAAACUAAACACGUAGAUGUGGCCAUUGAGGCGCAUAUUCCAUCCCCACCUCCGCCGCCACCACCACCAAAGGAACGUCCUGUCCUGGCCGAACCAGUUCUCCACCAGCAACAGGCUCUGAUCGAGGAGCUGCAGAGCAAGAUGCGAGGCCAAUCACCCGGCGAGGAGAACCUGAAGCCCAGCGAGAUAAAUCCGCAGAGGAGGCAGAAAAAGCUACUGCAACGACCCACGCCCAUGGGCGAUGAGACCUCGGAAGCACCUGCAAACACGGCUUACUACAGAGCGGCAAACCACGAACAAUGGCAGCAGCGCAUGGUGCGUCGGUUCUCUGAUUUACCCUCCCGGGCCGAUCUGGAGAACCGAUUGCAGUUCCUGGAGAGGCAACUCUACAAGAAGUUCUACAAGCAGCGCUGUGCAAGUGAUUCCGAAGUUGCAUCGAGGGUCAAACUCCCGCCCGAGGACCAGCCGAGCACCUCUCGGCAGGCCAGGAAACAGGAAGCCGAAGGACAGCUGGAGCAGCGUGUCCUGGCGUUGGAGAAACAGCUGAGCGAGAACAGUCUCAAGUUGCUGGAAGCGAUGAGGGAGCGCCACAGGUCAGCAGAUGACAGUGGCUCCCCUAGGCGAUUGAGCACGGAGACAAUCGACGCCACCGGCAAGGAACUUGUUAGAUACACCCAGAACAUUGGGGAGCUGGAGGAAGUCGACGCCCACAAGCCCAUCAACAUAAGCAUCAAUAUCAAGAUGAUGGUCAACAAAGACAGUGAGUCCAAGCAGCCAAAGGGUGAGUCCAAGCCCACAACAGAAGAUCUGACUCGCCGCCUGGAGCAAUUGGAGCAGCAACUGUUGGAGGAACGGGCCAAAAAUGGCUCGAUCCCACCAGAAAAUGAAGUACUUGAGGAGAAACCAGAAAAGCUCGAAGAAAAGGAUUCCUGCAAAAAGCAGGAGAAGAACUGCCACAAUCAGCACGUCAAAGGUGAUGAAGUUGAGAAAACAGAAAUUCCGGCUGAUAGAAAAAUUGAACCUGCAUCGGCUAAGGAGACUAAAACCCUUGAAAAUGUAGAGAAAGCUCAAACCCGAGCGAAAGUUGUGGAUACUGAAAAAUCGGUUAAAGAUCAGAACGCAGUGACGGAUGAAAAAUCUGUUCAAGACCAGAAUGUAGUGGUUGAUAAGAAAGCAGAUAGGAAAAUUUUGGAUAAAAAAGAUAAAUCUCCUGCUGCGGGGAAAUCAGAAGACACAAAACAGACGUCAGGGAAAAAGGAGAAAUCAGAAGACAUAAAACAGGCGUCAGAGGCCCCCAAAGCUGGAGCCUCUAAAGAAACAUCCACGCGAGGGAAACCUUCCGAAACUAAGUUGGAAAAACCCACAACUAAAGAGUCGGUUCUUAAGGAAACUUUCCCCAAAAAGGAGAAUCUUGAAAGUGAGAAACCCAAAUCCAAAGAAAACGAAGCUACAAAAACGGAAACACAAAAAUCAAAGGAAACCCCUACAGUUGCGGUCAGCCCUAAAGAAAGCAAAGUAUCGAGCAAACAAAUGACAGAGAAAAAAGAAACAAUCAAAGACUCUUCUUCCAAAGAACUGCCCGAGAAAAUGGUUAUCAAUUCCACAGAUGUGGGACCCAUGGAUCCAAACGGAAAAACAGUGGUGCUGUUAAUGGACAACGAACACAGAGCUUCGAAGGUUAGAAGAUUGACCAGGGCCAACACGGAAGAACUGGAAGACCUCUUCCAGGCCUUGGAGAAACAGCUCAAUGAUCGAAAUCUUGUCAAAUCCGAAGAUGGUCGCCUGAUACGAGUAGAUCCCAAGCCAAGCGCUGAGCAAGUGGAGCAGACUCAGGCUAUUUCUGAUCUCACCAAGGAAAUCGAGGACUUUACCAGCGCCAAACCGGAGGAGGAGAACCCGAAGGAGGCGGCCAAAGAAGACAAACCGGAGCCCGAAGAGCCGGAGGACUUCGACUGGGGACCCAACACUGUGAAACAUCACUUGAAACGCAAAACAGUCUACCUGCCCUCCACAAAAGAGCUGGAAUCUCGCUUCCGCUCCUUGGAACGUCAGAUAAAACUGCUUGAGGAUGUGGAAAAGAUCGAUGUGGAGCAGCGGCUGAAUGAAAUUGAGCGUAAAAUUAAACUGCAGUACUCGCUAUCCCACGAAAAAGAUUUGAACAAGUACUUGGAACUGUGUGAAGGUAAGGGACUAGAUGACGAUGAACCUGUGCCUGUGGAAACUCCAACGAAGGAGGCGGAAAUUACCACAGCUAGAGAUCGUUCUCGUAGUCCUGGGCGCAAAGCAUUGGCUACCAAAUCUCCAUAUACCUCUCCAUCGCGAAAGGCCACCAUUAAAACUCCACAUACUUCUCCCACCCGGAAGCCUAUCAUUAAAUCUCCCUAUACAUCUCCUUCACGGAAGUCGGCCAAGUCCCCUUAUACGUCGCCCUCCAGAAAUCGACAGAGAUCACCUUCUCCAACUCGAUCGCCGGAGAGGAAGUCAAAGAAAAGUCCCUACACUUCACCAGCCCGUCGCAAGCCGCAUCCUAACGAUCUUCCCAUCUCAGAUGAUUUAGAAUACAAAUAUCGAGUACUUGAUUUGGUAAGAUCCAAAUCUAAGGAGAACUUGGCCAAGCGAAUGAACGAUCCCAACAGAAAACCGGCCAUUCAUCCCUUGGAAAUGAUUCUCAGUCCCAGUCCGGAUGCAGAUGCAAUACCUACAACAGGAGAACUAGAGCAUAGAAUACGUGUCCUGGACGAAAAGCUCAAAUCGCCAGCCAAAACCCGAUCAAAGUCGCGCUCUCGAUCGCCAACCAUCGAAGACAUAAAACGUCAAAAGAUGAGAGAUGAGAAAAAGCCCAGGACUCCUGUUCACAAUCUGGAAAGGAUUGUCAGUUCGCCUGGUAGACCAGAACCACCCACUGCCGAAGAGCUCGAGGAGCGUAUACGCAUCCUGGAGCAGGAGCAUAAGUUUGACUUUAAGACCCAGAAGGACUACAAGGCAUUCAAUCAAAAGCUCAAGGACGUCAUCUCACCCUCGCUCUCCUUCGACGAAUUCCGGGCAGCCAAGUCACGCGAGCAAAGUCCCCGCCGCCAUGGACCCACUACGCCCAAGUCUGCCCUGCGUCGCGAUGAUUUCGAUGAAGGCUACUGUGGCGGUACCCACACAUCCACUCUCUACCGCCCCACCAGCCCGAAGGUCAUUCGGUUCCGGGAUGAGGACGAGGAUGAGGACCAGUUUGAGGAAGCACCCAGACCGAAGUCGCGUCAGACCAGCGAUCGAAUGACUCUUGCAGAUCAACCAUCGGCCACUCGCAGCUACGCCAGCAGCACGGAGGGUCUGGAUGCCUUGGGUAGUCGUCUAAUGAGGGAAACCUCUCCGAUUACCCGAACCGGAACCCACACGGGUGUACCACUGCGAACGGGGGAGAACAUCAACGACCGCCUGAGUUCGAUCAAGAACUCUAUCAAGUCGAUCGACACACUGUGCGAGGAGAAGCCGUACCAGAAGGAGAAGUGCCAGCGGUACAUUGACUCACUGUUCACGGACUCACUGCACUUUGCCAGCAAGAAGAGCUCCCUGGAGGACCUCAGUCUCAGCAGGAGUCUUAGUCGCAGCGAGAGCAGGGGAAGGAGUAUUCAUAGAUCUGGAGACUAUGCACCUUCGAUUAGGGUCACCUCCGAGCACCGAUCUUUGGGCUCGGCGGAUUCUCGAAGGAGUCCUUUGGGCAACCGGGACACCAGUCCCUUGCACCACAGAUCGCAUAGGGAUAUUAGCCGGGAACUGUCCCCUCGACGAAGACGCUUGGAGGAGGAGGAUGAGGAGCGUAAGGAUCGGGAGAGCAGUAGGGUAAGACGUGAUAACUUGUUGCCAAAUUAUUUUGCUGAUAAUCGUAGCGAACUAAGUAGCGGGAGUAGUUUAACCGGGUUUAACCACAAAGUAGAUAGACAACUAGAAGAGACGUGCGCCAAAUAUGCGGACGAUCGACGCUCGGCCUGUCGCACACCGUUGAGCCAUCCGUACGAGUCCCGCACCACAGCCACACGCCACAGCCACACAGAUCCAGUCCAGAUCCCAACCAACCCAGCAGGAUCAGCUACUGCAACAGAUAGUUUCCCCCGGCCCGUGUCGCCAUAUCGCCAGCCGUACGAUCCCUACCAUCGGUCCCCUGGUGGUGCCGGUGGCACACCCCUCUAUCAGCCCGGCAAGCUGGAGAUCCGCCACACCACCGUCACCUCAACCUUCUACGAUCGGUUCCUCACUGAGAAGCAGAUCGAGCGGCAGACCCACUCCCGUCCGCCCAGUCGUUCGCCAGUGGUUUCACCCUCGGUGCCAGCCAAAAGCUAUGUCGAAUUGUGCAGCACCUCAGGCACAUCCAGCACCACCGCUACCAGCACCUCCACCUCCUCAUUCAUGUCCAGCAGCUAUGCAGGCCCCUCCUUUUCGCUGCCCUCGGCCAGCAACUUUUCCUAUUUGAAUCCGGGUUCGGGCUCGGGUUCGGGCAUCUCGUCAAUUUCGCCGCGCGCCAGUUGCUCGGAUCUUCGUUCCACCACCAGCGGCCCUACAUCCACCAGUACCACCUCCGUAACCACCUCUUCAUAUGUACCCUACAAUUUCACCAGCUCUUUCACAUCUCGCUUAAACGAUCCCAUUAUCACUUCCACUACCAGUGCAGUUAGCACUAGUUCCCUUACCCAUUCCACGGGGGUCUACAAUCCCAUGAUGUCGUUCACACUGAGGGAACCACUAGCCAGCAGUUCCCUGGGUGGUUCAAGUGCCUCUCCAUUGCUACCGUUUCAGUUUAACAGAACUUUCACUUCCAACUUCGACAAGGAACAGAACAAACAAUAGAAGGAUGCACAUCAAACAUUAACCAAAGGUUGUCCAUACACAUUACAAAGCUCCCAUUGAAGAUUCAAAACAUUGAAAAGAAAUCAAGCUCAAAGCACUGAGAGAAAAAUCUGUCUAAAACAAUUUAAUUAUUCUACUCCUAUUCGAAUUUUUUCAUUUUUGUGGUUCUGAAAAUAUUAAAUAAUCAACAAUUAUCUUAAAGUUAACAGGUUGCCACUUUCCCAACUGUUCUUAUACCAUGUUUGCUGAUUUUAGUUAGGUUUUUAUCUCAGUCAGCCUAACUUUCGCUAAGCA